CUAACAACAAAACCCAGAAAAAAUUCUCAUCCUCCAGCCACAAAAACUCAGUAGCCAUCAUCUUCAUCAUUCUUUCCCCAUCAAAACCAAUUCAAACAACUAUAGAUCCCUAAUUCACAUUUUAGGAUUUUCCAAAAAAAUUGUUAUUCUGAAUAUUUCUCUUCACCCUCCUUUCACCCUUUCUCAAGAGUACCAAAUCCAUACUCCAUCAUAUUUCAACAACCAGAUCACAGUGAUUUUUGGUUAAACGAAAUUUGAUUACCCAUGGAUACAACCAGAGAAAAGUACAAGAGGCAAAAAAUGAAACAAAUAAGGGAGAAAAAGAAGGUACACAGUGAAAUAGAGAUUGGAAGAAACAUUAAGAAAAAACACCAUCGAGCAAGCACCCUAGGCUGGACCACGGAGCCCCAUCGCCCUUCUUUCUGCGCCGUCAUCAACUCCAACGCUCGUAGUCAUCAACCACCAAUGCAUCUUCUCCCGCGAUGAUGAACUCAGAUCUGAGAGGACGGACGGAACCCAUAUCGGAGACCUCGUGGCCGUGGUUGAAGCUUCUCCGACAUGCGUUUCCGUUGAGGGCUUGUGCUUCAAAUCGAGCCAGGAACCCUCCUCCGCGCAUCGCAACAGGUCCAUCCAUUCAGACCUGGACGAAAAAUCAUAUUCUCGCCGGAGAAGAUCCAGAUCUGGGUGCAACGAGGGUUCAUCAGCCUCCUUAUCUCCCUGAACCCAAACAUCAUCUUCUUGCUCGACGGAAAAAGCUUCCCAAAAAAGAGAGAGAUGGAUCUGGGUUUAGGAAAGUCAAGAGGGAGGAAGAAAGAGAAGUGAUGCUGAAAGGGAUUUCUGGUGGCUCAUGGAUGAGAUUUUUAGAGUUAGGGUGUAAUUAGAUAUUUUUUAAAAAACUGAAAUUAGAUAUUAGGAAAAUAAAAUUCUGUUUUUUUUAAAUAAUAAAAUACCGGGUAAAGGCUAAACAGGUAGUUGUGCACAGUUACACAAAUAUUUCUUUGUGCUUAUUAGAUGCGCCCCAAGAGGUAUGAUAUUGUUUUUAGGGUUUUUCAAUAUUUGUGAUUUUUCUAUGCUAAUCUAUUGAGAAGCUUCAAGGAACACAUCAUGGCCAAGCUAUUUGGUAUCUUAUCUUUUGAAGGACUUGGCCCUUGGUAGGAUCUGCUUUUUUCCUCUUGCUCUCCUCGUGCCAUGAAGACCCUUACCUUUGAAGCCAAUCAAAAUUUGAAGGCCACAGAUCUAGUGAAGUUUUUCCUAGGCUGCUAAUCUUUUGGUUCGCUGCUCGUGGAGGCCUAGAUUUAACCUCUUGCUAGUUUAGUUUUGUAGUUACUUUAGGCUCUUUAGAGAACAAAAUCUGCAUUGUUUCACAUUUUGAAAUAAAAGUUAAGACCGAGUUCAUUAGUGAUUGAUUCUUUCAUUUCUUGUUUUAUUUUUAAAAUUUUUAAACUUGCUUCUUAAUUCAAUUAUUUUCUAUUAUAGGUUUCAAUUUUGUUUUUCAUUUUGGGUUGCUAAAUUAGUUUGCAUUCCCAAAUUUAUGUAUUCCCCUUUUCUCACAAAGCCAUUGAUGAUUGGAAAAAGGGAAGAAAUGAACUUGACCACCACAGAUGAAGUGGAUUAGUCAUGCUCCAUGGACUAACCUCUUAUGUUCGUCUGCAAUUGGAUUCCACUUUCCAGUUGAAAUCCUUAUGAUGUUGAAUUCCACCGUUUUUACUUUUUUGCAGAAGAAUUUGAGAGCUGACAAGGAUGAUUUGAUCCUUGUUUUUAGAAAAGGGUGUCUCCAUGCUGUUUCUGCCAUAGAUGGUGAAGUUAUUUGGAAAAACGAUUUUGCAGGUGAAAGCAUUGAGAUUAGCCAAAUUAUUCAGUCUUCUGAUGUGUUCUAUCUAGCUGGUUUUGAUGGUUCUUCAAAGUUUCAUGUUUAUGGAUUGGAUGCUAAGAAUAGAGAGGUUUGGGUUGGAGCUUGCGGUUUCAUCUCCUCUAUAAGCCUCGACAUCUCAGGAUAGAGGGUGCAAUCUGCUUUGUGUUUACCUUCUGUGGAUGUGAAGCUGCUUGAAUCAAGAGGUACAUCCUUAUCUGUCUAAGUUUGAAGCUACCAAAGGGUUUGACACAUGUGCUUGUGGGUAAAAUCGUUGUUGGGACUUAACUUUAUGGGUUCUCACUAUUUUCAGCAACAAUCUUACUAAACUACUACUAUAUGUUGCUUUAAAACCUUGCUUGCAUGAGUUAAAUAUGAGGAUUCAAGCCUUCAAAGUUUAUUUUAGCUCGAAAUCCUUGUUAUGUUUUAGAUUUAGUACCCUUUCCUUGUUUUGUCAAUUUACUUACAUAUUGAUGAAUGCUUUGAUUUAAGCUUGAAUAUGCUUUUAAAUUGGGGAUUCAUCGUUACUUAUUGUGUUUGUUUGUUAGAAACAUGGAUGUGCCUGAAAAUGGAUGGAUAAUAGAUUGGAUUGUGAUAAGCAUGUUACUGAAGAAUUCGUACAAAUUUAUUAGCGAGGGAAUGGAAAUAAAAAUGUCAGGCGGUUAGCGACGGACUGCUAUUUUCCGUCUUAAAUAGCGACGGAUAGUUCCGUCGCAAGUAACGACGGAUAGUUUGUUCUGUCGUAAAUAGCGACGGACUGUCCCGUCGCAAUUAGCGACGAAUUCAUGGGAUAAUCCAGCAAACGAUUUAGCGACGGAAAUAUAUAAAUUAGCGACGGCACACUUCUGAGCGACGGAUUUCAAAAUCCCUCGUUAAUUAUUUAUCGACGCCACAUUGCACGACGGACGGGUUCCGUCGCUAAAUCUUUAGCGACGAAAUUUUCCUUAUUUAGCGACGGAUUUUGCCCCUCGCUAAUUUGCUUUUUUUUAGUAGUGGCCUGGCGCCUAAUGAGCAUCACAAUUUUGAACCGCCUCAUAAACUUCCUCAACAGAAAAAUUCGCCUCUAGGAAUUGGUUUUGAUCUGCACGGACCAACUUCUUCAUAUUAUGGCAUUGUAUACUUGGAGGGUCAACCGCAACUGACGAUCAUAUCUAUUAAAUUAUUCUCAUAUGUUUACGCUGAUUUAAUUUUUAUUUUUCAAUUAACAAUUGCAACUGGCAAGUAGACG